CAAGAAAAUGACAACUAACCUAAAAACAUUAUAAACAAACAAACAUUUUUUAGCCAAUUUUUUUUAAAGAAAUUACUCUUAAAUGGGAGUUCACGGGUUAUGGCGACUGAUAGAACCAUCGGGAAAACCUGUGCCUUUAGAGACGCUGGAAAACAAAGUGCUGGCAGUCGAUAUUUCUAUAUGGCUCCACCAGGCAGUUAAAGGGUUUCAAGACGCCCGUGGCGGCUCCGUCCCGAAUGCUCAUUUGCUUGGAAUCUACCAUAGAGUCUGCAAGCUUUUGUAUUUCAAAAUAAAGCCCGUGUUUGUUUUCGAUGGCGGAGUCCCUGUUUUAAAGAAACAAACUAUUGCGAAGCGAAACCAGUCGAAGUUAAGAGACCUUUCUAAAGCUGAUGAAAUCCACAAACAACUGUUAGAUACUUUAUUAAAACACACUGCGGUCAGUAAAGUGAUAACAGAGAAAAUCGAGGCAUCGAUGGGCCUUCCCAAAACUCGUCCAAAGCAAGAUGAUCUUUACGUGUUGCCACCCAGUAGCGAACUGGACAGCACGCUGUCCAGUUCAGAAGAAGAAUCCUACACAGACGACACAACCAGCGAAUCCAGUCCAACGAAACAAUGGGAUGUCCAUACCAUCGACAUGAACAGUGUCCAUUUCAAGUCACUACCUGUCGAUGUUCGCCAUGAAAUUUUAACAGACUUGAAAGAGACCCGAAAACAGUCCUCCUGGGGUAGAUUGCAUGAGCUGCCGAAAGUAAGCGACGAUUUCUCAGUCUUCCAAAUGCAAAGAUUGCUGAAGAGACAAGCGGUCCAAACAGCUCUAGAGGAUGCCGAAAAGGAGAUGGGGGGCAAGUCUUUGAGCCUGGCAGAGCUGGAGUCAAUUCUCAAAGACCAAGGAGUGCUAACCAAUCAACAUCUAGGCAAUCGAAUAGCUUCGGAUGAAUCCACUAAGUAUCUCUUGGUUAAAGAUGUGAAGAAAGCCAUUGAAGAGGCGCGCCAAAAGGAAGAUGAACGCAAGCAACUCAGCAACCCAAUCCAUAAAGUCUCAGAGGACAAACCUUGUAAAGAAAGCGAGAGGUUUGAGGCGAAACAUUUAACUCCAGCCGCAAGCGGCAGGGAAAAAAGCCUUCCAAAAGCCGACGAAGAAUAUGAGGAAGACUUGAAAAGAGCCAUAGCUCUUUCUUUGGAAUGCACCGCAACUCCAGAGCCCCCUAAAGAGGCACCUCCAGCCCAAUUUUCUUUCCUCGACAAUUUUCCAGAGGCAGAUUUCUCCUGCAGCUCAAGCGAUGAAGAUUCCUGCCCGGAAAAAGAAAGUCGCAAACUGUCUUCAGCCCAAAGCUACAUGCAGGAAUACAGCGGACUCACGCCUAAUGAAAUCUCGAAAAUACUGGCCAACAAUGCGAAAUCCGCCGCAGUUAAGCCGAAAAAACCCGGAAUAAAAUGCAGCCAAAACUUUCAACCGAAACUAGCCACUGUUACAGAAAACCCGCCCGCGGUGGCAAAUGCGCAAAAGGCGGAUAAAUGUGAAGACUCAGUGGAAAUCAUGUCAACAAGCGAUUCUGAGGAAUCAGAUCACGAACCUAAAGCGCUGGACGUUUUUGUGGAUCCUACCAAAGAGUUUGAAGAAGAUGAGGAUUUAUUUGCCGAUAUUUUUGCAGCCCCACCCACAAAACCCGACUUGCCUGAUUUGAACAAUGCACCACUAAAAAACGCCCCAGAUAUAGCAGAGAAAGUUACAAAGGAACUUGUGGUAAAAACUGUAGAUGCGCCCAAAAUUAUUCAGAGUGUGGAAAAUAGCGCCCCCGAAGCAAGCACUUCAAACCCUGCAAAGGAAAUUGAUGGAAGAAGCCAGGAGGCUCCAAGCCAAGCUGUUGAAAGUCCUACCAUUGAACCUCCGGUUUCGGUAAAGGAAAAACCUCCUUCAUUGACCGAGCAGGAACUAAAGACGCUAAAAGAUCAGCUGCAAGUGGACAAGGUGAACCUGAGCAACGAAAAAGCGACUCGAGAACGAAUGGCAGGCAACAUCACUGACCAAAUGUACCAAGAAGCCCAGGAACUUUUAGAGCUAUUUGGAGUUCCCUACGUGGUGGCCCCAAUGGAGGCUGAAGCCCAAUGCGCAUUUUUGGACGCGGUUGAUCUAAUAGAUGGCACAAUCACGGACGACAGCGACAUUUGGCUGUUCGGAGGUAAAACCGUGUACAAAAACUUCUUCAAUCAGAACAAGUACGUGAUGGAAUUUAAAACCGAAAAUAUCCAGCACCACUUCAAGCUUACUAGAGAGCAGAUGAUUCUGUUGGCCUUACUAGUGGGGAGUGAUUACACUGUGGGUUUACAAGGGGUGGGUCCAGUCACCGCGCUGGAAAUACUGGCAGCUUUUCCUCCAAGCAAAGGAAAAACCAGCCACAUUAGCAUGGGCCAUCAAGACCUUCUAUCAGGACUGAAAGAAUUCAAGUCAUGGUUCACCAAAGGAAAGUCUGCAGGACCUGGACGUUCCGCAUUGAAAAGCAAGCUGAAAAACGUGGGAUUUUCGGACAAUUUCCCCAGCGUCCAAGUGGUGCAAGCUUACUUGGACCCGACGGUGGAAAACAGCGAAGAAGCAUUUUCCUGGGGCAGGCCCAAUGCUUUGGCCCUUUUGGAGUACGCUCGCGAUAAAUUCGGGUGGACCAAAACCAAAGCUGAAGACAUUUUAAAUCCGGUCUUAAAACGCUUGGAGGAGAGUAAACAUCAGAAAUCCAUCAGGGACUAUUUUAAAACGAAUUUCAAGAUCAAUUCGGGCGACACAGAAGGCAAAUUGAGCAAAAGAGUGAAGACAGCGAUUAACAACAUGGGGAAGGAUCCAGAAGAAGUCAUCAAGCAAGAACUAGAGGAAGCCAUGAGAAAAACCACUUCCACAAGGAAAAGGGAGCCGAGAAAAACGAAAGGCAGGAGGGCCCCAGAAUUUUCUAAAAAAGCCCCAAGUGGGCAAGAAGGUGAGUCAAAGGAGCGUAACCCCGAUAAAGUGAAUUUGAAAAAGUUGAAACCUGCCACCCCAUCGGAGCCAGAGGAAACAACCCAACAAAACCAGAGGAAAUCUAAUUCGAAAAAGCCAAAUGCACUGCAUUUACCCACUACCAGUAGUAGUGAACCGAAAGAAGGCCCGGAUGGUGAUGAAUCUGUCACUGAGAAGAUAAAUCGGGUCAGAACAAGGCGAAAACUGAUGGAAUUAAAAGCGGCAGCUGAUCUAAAAAAGCCCAAACUAGCCAAAGAAAAGCCCAAAGACCUGAAGGAAGAUGAAGAAAUAAACCUACUCAACCAAGUCAUACAAGCGUCCAAAAAGAAGGUUGACGAAAUUAACAAGGAGUUGCAAGCGAAACUUGAAAAAAUUAACCAACAACCAAGCGAAGUUGUUCCAGGCCCUUCAAAGGAACCAUCCAAUGCGCAUCGUCCUGUAAACCGCCCUACACGAAUACCCCGAAAGGAAUCCAUACCGCAGAAGGAAAAGGACAAAUCCACCCUGCUGAGGAACAAGUUAAAGGCAAUCGAGGUUUUCAGGAAAGGAAAACGGGGGCCUGGGUUUGUCCCAAAGCGAAAUCAGGGAAAAAGGUUGCCCAAAACUGAAGCCGAACUGUCUGAAAGUAGCGAUGACUGAUUUAUUUUGAGAUAGGGAUGAAUGGAAUGUCAUUUUAUGCUCAGGCGAUUUAUUACAUUUACACUAGAUUUAUCUAUUUUGCUGUUUAGUUUCGACUGUUUAUUUAAGUACUUUAUUAUAAAAUAUAAUGCUGUCAUUGAA